GAUUGUAAACCGUCAGACACCCGUAACGUUACGUACUCGCAGCUCCGUCGUGUCCGGUGGUGAGCACAAGUGGAAACAUGUCGGGAAUGAGAGAGCCCAGCGGAGGAACUGCGCUCAUGAAAUAUACGCCUGAGACAUAAGAUAAAGAGAGAAAAAACAACAACUGUAUCUUAAUCCAGUCAGGACGGACGGCGGUGUUUGUUUGUAUGUGAGUGAGCGACUGCCCGGGAGUUUACGUUAGCAUUAUUUACACGGAAGCGGGCCGGUGUGGAUCGGAUGGACGGAUAAAAGAGAGACAGCCGGGGCUUGAUCCAACAAAAGUAGCCUAACAGACAGGCGACCCGGGUCGGGUAGAGACUGUGUGUGUGUGUGCUCAAAACAAGACGGGGUUGCUCGUUGCUGGGGAAUGUUAUCCGUACUGUCUUAUGGCAGACUGGUAGCCAGGGCUGUCCUGGGCGGACUCUCUCAGACUGACGGUCGGGACUACAGCCUGAUCAGCGCCAGUUAUGGCUUCGGUAAAGACUUUCGCAAGGGGAUCCUGAAGAAAGGGAUGUGCUACGGGGAUGAUGCCUGCUUCAUUGCGCGGCACAGGACCGCCGAUGUGUUGGGCGUUGCAGAUGGUGUAGGUGGUUGGCGUGACUAUGGCGUUGACCCGUCUCAGUUCUCUGCCACCUUAAUGAAAACCUGCGAGCGACUGGUGAAGGAGGGACGCUUCACUCCCAGUAAUCCAGUGGGUAUUCUGACCUCUGGCUAUUAUGAACUUCUGCAGAACAAAGUUCCCUUGCUAGGGAGCAGCACAGCCUGUAUUGUGGUUCUGGAUCGACGGAGUCACAGGCUACACACGUGUAACCUUGGCGACUCCGGCUUCCUGGUCGUUAGGGGAGGAGAGGUGGUUCAUCGCUCAGACGAACAACAGCACUAUUUUAACACGCCCUUCCAAUUGUCCAUCGCCCCUCCAGGAGCUGAAGGGGUGGUGCUUAGUGACAGUCCUGAAGCAGCUGACAGCUCCUCCUUCGACGUGCAGCUUGGUGACAUCAUCCUGACAGCAAGCGACGGCCUCUUUGACAACAUGCCAGACUACAUGAUUCUUCAGGAGCUCAAAAAACUCAAGACUACAAACUAUGACAGCGUCCUGCAGACUGCACAGAGCAUUGCAAAGCAAGCUCAUGAUCUGGCCUACGACCCCAACUAUAUGUCCCCUUUUGCACAGUUUGCCUGUGACAAUGGUCUGAAUGUAAGAGGUGGGAAGCCAGAUGAUAUCACGGUGCUGCUGUCCAUUGUGGCUGAAUAUACAGACUAAAAGUGUGUGUGAGAGUGCGUGUGUGCUUCUCUGGGGCUGGUCCUUCCUUCCCGUCUGCCUGAGUCUUCCACCUGCAGCCCUCCCAAAAAUGCACUGCAUCCUGUGGGCUGACGGGGGGCCCACCGACACGACGCACACUCCUCGCUGCAGGACUGACGUCCACCCGUGUACAUUUUGUUUUCUUCCUCUGUUUUUGUUUUGGUGCUUGAAUGGUCAAGGGGGAAGCAGGCAGCUUGGACAUUUUCAUGUUGAUCAUGAUGCAGGAGGAGAUGAGUAUGACGGGCUGAGGGAUCCCUUUCAGUCUCCCAUAUCUCAUUGUGUGGCAUCAAACACUAUUUUUUCGGUGGUGAGACUUAGAGACAGUGCAGUUUGGUUUGACUGAGGUUCUUAAAACCUGGUAGCCAUUAUGUAUAAAAAGGUGAGUAAGGAGUAAGCCAUGGUUUUGGAGAGUAGUCAUAGAGUUGACUAUUUAACCCAGCUGUCUGUUGUCCCAGUUGUUGUCUGUUGUUGUAAAUGUGUUUGGACAAAGCAUAUAGAGGGACCGAGGAAGCUGAUGUUGGGACGCUAUUAGAGAGUGGGAUUGAAGAGUUGGGUUUCAGUGUCUUGGGUUUGGGAAUGUGGACGAUGGAAAAGUUCAUUAGUAAUUGCUCAGAUCAAAGGAACUUGUAAAGGGAAACACUCGUUAGAGCUUACAUGUGAAGGUAGAUCAGGUUUCGUCAGUUGGCUGGUGGGUGGGGUCUGACGGUGCGCACAUCCUGAUAAGUUGUAAAUAUUUGUGUGUUUUUAGGGUUUCGGCCUUUCUGUCGUCUUUGCUUUGGUCGUUAAAGCAAAUCGCUAUUUCGUUACUGUCCUGGAAGAUGUACACAUGCAUUCAUAAACAUAUUUUCUUGUGUAGAUGUUAAUCUUGAAGUGAGCUUUAUCAAUCCCACACUUCCACUCGCUGAAAUGAAACAGAUCUGUUCUGAGAUUGUGUGUGUGUGUGUGUGUGUGUGUGUGUGUGUGUGUGUGUGUGUGUGUGUGUGUGUGUGUGUGUGUGUGUGUGUGUGUGUGUGUGUGUGUGACAUGUGAGAAGUUGUUAUUGGAAUAUGUGUGUGUGUGUGGCGUAUUGUUUGUAUUAUCUCACAAAGCUAAAGCUAGCAUCUGGGAAUGCUAAGAGUUUGAAGAGUCUGCUGACAUGAAAUAUGUGCGAUGGAUGACAGAUCCAACGAUCUUAAUGAGAAUCAGGUGUGUUUGGGUGGAUGGAAGUGUGUGUGCGUGUGUAAGAAAUUUGUUUUUUAUUUCUCAGUUCCUUAUUUCCCUCUACUUUCGUUUGCUGCUUCUCAUUUUUAAUUCAGAUGUCUGUGUAUGACUUGACAUGAUUUACAUGAACAUGGUCACCGUCUGUGUGUGUGUGUGUGUGUGUGUGUAAAUGUGUGCUGCAUCGACUGACAUUAAUCAAAGACAUUGAUAAAACUGUUCUGCUCAUGAUAGUGUCCCUUUUAUGUCUAACAGCUCACCCAAGUGGUUUUGGACAAUGUCUUUACAGUUAAAACGCAGGUGCACCAAAGACACAUCUUCUUUGUGUAUGUAAUUACACUUUGUUGUUACAAACAUCAUACAGCAAUACUGUAAAUUCCUUGUGCUCUGAAUCUUGUGUGAUGGCCUGAAGUCUGUGUGGAAAUGUUCAGUGGGACAUUAAAAUGUCUUUUUUUAUGCCUACAGUUGUUUUUUUCAGAACAAAAGUUGUAUCAUAAUCUUUAAGUUAUAUGUGACUGGUUGCAACAAAGUGUAAGACAGGUUUAUGAAACCAAAGAAGGAAAGCCAUAUAUAAACACAUGAUUAGGGCACUACUCUGUAAGCUCUGCUGUAAAGAUAACACAGUGUUUCUUCCACGUACACAUAAUAGAGACAAUUAUUACAAUCUUAUUGGUCUUACUGUAUGCACCGUUCUUUUUUGCAUGGUUUCUGUCUCAGCUAUUGGCACCCUCUAACAAAGUGAAUUUUACACAGUUGUAGUCUCUUCUUGUCUUUAGAACGGUUUAUAGAUGGUGUAUAAAGGUUCUUAACUUGUAUUUACUUCAAAGAUAGCCCUAUAAUUGUCACAGAGAUGUAACCCACAUGCAGGAGGAGGAGGAGUAGUGAGAUGGGUAAUGGUGCUGUGAACAUACAGUAUGAUGGUGAGCACAGUUUCAGCCUUAACAAAUAGCUAGACCUGUAAUCAAGAGGCCUUUCCUGUCAAUUGCAAGCUUGUCUCGUCUCAGUCAUGAUGCCCAGUGUUUGAUGUAAAUGAAGUGUGCCCGUCUUUAUCUCCUGUAAAGCCGUUCUUAAAGGUGCUUCUGCAGUCUGUAUGGUAUGAUUGUCCUCUUUUCAGCAAGCAAUGUUUGUGUGUAUGAAAGACACAGCUAUGUCUACAGUGUAACAAUGCAGGUCUAAUUUAUGUAAAUAUGUUUUAAAAUAUGUACAAUAUUUAAAUAAAGAAUCUAGUAUUUAUACUAAA